AUGUUUACUUGUGCGCCGCGUUCGUAUUACGAGCGUUAUCAAAAUAUAUCAACGUAUGCACAAAGAUUAUGGUGGUGUUAUUAUUCUAGUUCUGAUGCUGUAGUUGAUACUGCACAACGACUAGGUGCAUGGGGGCAUUUUAAAGGUUCCGGUCAUGUUGUGGGCUAUAAGGUGUCAUCACGAACGGGACAAUUUCCCGAUGUAAAAUACGUUUUAACUAUACAACGAGGAUUAAAACCCUGUUCGACGUUACAGGUUUACGACGAAUGGUUGAUGCCCUAUUAUAAUAUACGUUCCGGGGUCGAUUGCUUUAAAAUUUGGCACCCGUCAACGGACGAGAUUCAAAAGCGUAUCAUAAGAGAAGACGAUUAUGUAAAAGACGACAUUUUACGUGAAACAUUGUUUAGAGUAUGUGAUGGCGUCUACUAUGGUCCUACCAUGUGUGUGUGA